AUGACGAGUUCUGUGGCCUCUAGGUUGGCCAUCGUGGUCCUCAUGUGCCUGGUGGUUGCUCGUUCACCGUUACCGGCCUACGCCGUCACGUGUGGCCAGGUGUCGCAGAGCUUGAUCCCAUGCAUACCUUACCUGCAGAAUGGUGGGUAUGUCCCUGCACAGUGUUGCAGUGGUGUCAGAUACCUUCGCAACUCAGCUAAGACCACCGUCGACCACCAGUCUAUUUGCCGGUGCUUGGUUGCAGCUGCUCGAGCCACCCGGGGACUCAAGCUUAACCUCGUGGCCGGUCUCCCGAACCGAUGUGGUGUUAGGCUUCCUUACACAAUGAGCCCUGACACCAAUUGUAACACGUACGCAGCUGAACCCUACUUUGUUAUUUUGGCUUCUCAGUUUGUUGCAUGGCAUUCAUUUUGA